AUGGCGCCUCCUGUGAAGAAGGAUGACGCGAAUGGAAAAUCACAGCGGUCUCGAUCAAGGUCCAGAUCGUCGCAGUGGUCGCGUGGGAAAUCACCACCACAGGAGAAGCAAUCGGAAAAAGACACGGAAACGAAAGAUGAUGUCCCCAAAACGCGGGGCACACCUCGAGCCAAGGCCCCCGACGAUCUCCCUGUGGCUGCCUACAAGGAGAAGAUUAUUGAUCUCCUACUGGAGCAUCCGACAAUAGUAGUGGUGGGGGAGACUGGAUCUGGCAAAACGACGCAGAUCCCGCAAUACCUCUUGGACUCCGAGAAGUUUCAUUGCCUCUUCGAGAACAAGCGCGGACUUCGCGUUUGCAUCACCCAGCCAAGGCGGGUUGCGGCCGUAGCCAUGGCCCGACGCGUGUCGGACGAGCGUGGUACACGACUCGGAGAUGUGGUGGGCUACUGCAUCCGCUUUGAAGACAAGUCAAGCGCGAGUACACGUCUGAGGUAUAUGACCGACGGCUGUCUGCUCCGUGAGUGCCUCGGUGAUCCCGAUCUUGCCAACUAUGAUGUUGUCAUCUUGGAUGAGGCACAUGAGCGAAGCUUGCACACUGACGUGCUCUUCGCUCUAAUGAAGAGAGCUGUGAGCAACAGGGCUGGUCAGCUCAGAAUGCUGGUGACAUCCGCAACUCUCGACACCGGGGCGUUCUCAGAGUACUUUUCAUGCCCCGUGCUGGAAGUCCCUGGGCGCAGUUUCUCGGUUGCUUUGCACUACCACCCGGUGUCCAAGACCCAGCGGGUGGAAGCCGCGGUAAACGUUGCACUGAAUCUGCACGUCCGUGAGGGACCCGGCCACAUCCUGGUGUUUCUCACAGGAAUGGAGGAAUGCGAGCAGGCAGUGGGCUUGGCAAACUCGAAACUGCAAAGCAUGGUUGAAAGCGGAAAGCAGGUUGCCGACUGUCUCAUCGUACCACUUUACGGAAUGAUGCAAUCCGACGACCAGCGGAACGUGUUUGAAGAGGUUCCAGAGGGAUGCCGUAAACUUGUCUUCUCGACGAACAUUGCCGAAACGUCCCUGACAGUGGCGGGAGUGGGCUACGUCGUUGACUGCGGAUAUUGCAAGCAAAAGAACUUCAAUCCCAAGACUGGAAUGGAGUCUCUACAAGUUACCGAAGUCUCACAGGUCCAGGCCAAACAGCGGGCUGGCAGAGCGGGCCGGACACAGCACGGCAAGUGUUUCAGGCUGUACUCGGAGGAAACCUUUAAUCGCAGCCUGCCGAAGGUCACAGUCCCUGAAAUCCUGAGGUCGAAUCUUGCAUCUGUGACCUUGCAGAUGAAGGCUAUGGGAAUUGAUGAUGUGGUCCAGUUUGACUUCAUGGAACCACCAGAUCGCGUUCGCUUGGUGAAGUCCUUGAGACUACUCUUUCUCAUCGGAGCCCUUGACGAGGAUGGUGUCCUCACAGACUUGGGGCGGAGAAUGUCGCAGCUGCCUCUUGAGCCUCAGUAUGGCCGUGUGCUGCUAGCGGCUGCGGAGAGUGGCUGCGUCUCCGAGGCCCUCACGCUGGUGUCGAUGUUGAGUUCCGAGGGCGUGUGGUAUCGGCCAUCCAAGCACAAUUCGGAUCAGUGGGAGGAAGCUCGAGCGACACAGGAACGAUUUCUCCACCAUCUUGGUGAUCACCUCACCUUGGUUCGGGUUUUCACCAUGUGGGAAGAUGAAGGUUGCACCCCAGAGUGGUGCAAAGCCAACUUUCUGCACUUCAGGGCGUUACGCCAGGCCCGUGACAUCCGCGGGCAGUUGUGCGACCAGCUGGAGAAGGUCUCGGAGGCGUCUGUGCGGGAUGCAGUUCGUGCAGUCCGCAAUCGCUACAGAGACCACAGAGACCGUGAUCGAGGACGAGGUGGGCCCAAGAAUGGCAGCAGCGUCGAACAGGCUUUGCUCGAGUCCUUAUGUUCGGGCUUCUUCAUGCAAACGGCUCGGAUGUGUGGAGCUGGAGGAGGAUGGUUGAUCGUAGGUGAGAACGUGCUGGUAAAAUGCGAAGCUGGCAGCGCCAUGGAUGGUUCUUGUGCAGAGCCCGACACCGAGCUGUAG